AACCGCAUCCUGUCAAUCAUAUACUGUGGCGGGAGCAGAAAACGAGUGUCAGUGAGGACGCGUAUGAUUGCCUUACUUUUCCCAUUACUGUUUGACAGCGUCUGCUUUCGGACAAAACCCAAAGUAAACGAAUAAAGGGAUCUAACAAAAGCUCACAGAAGUUCAGUGACCGCAAAAUAUGGCCGUGUGAGUUGACAGAACAGUGUUUUACACUUGCUGAGUCUCUUUUUUUUUCUUCGGUCGACGCCAGUCACCUAACCAAAGAGACACCUGCCGCUGAUUUAGUUGGUAAUUUCAACCGUUCUUCGACAGUUUACCAUUCAAUUUUCUUCUCUUGCAAAGGAUUUUGUCUCACAAAGGAAUUAUUCAGUAACUUGUCUCUGUGAAUUCCUACAGACCUGCUCAGGAUGCCUUGGAUGAGAGUCUCUCUGCCAUGGAGUUGCAUUCGGGAAAGCGCGAAGCUCUGUGACUGAACAAACUAGCCGUACUGCGGCACGGCUUCGCGAAAUAAACGCUUUGCGACUGUCUGUCCGCUUGCUGAGUCGCAGGAAUGUUGUAAAAAGCGCUAGGUUUGCGUGGGACUGGGGGACUGAGAGUCGAAGAAGGCGAAGAGACCACAGCAGGUGCACGUGAACGCAGGAAUAUUAUAAUGGCUCUCGCGGCGGUUUCUCUCUACCUCCUCGCGCUCGCCUGGACGAACUUGCGCCCGGUCCACGGGAACAACCGUCACGCCGUGUAUUGGAACAGCUCAAACAUCCAUUUGAGGAGGGAGGGCUACACUGUACAGGUCAGUGUGAAUGACUACCUGGACAUCUACUGUCCGCACUACAACCAGAGCCAGCGGGGGUCGCUAGAGCGUGGCGUGGCAGAGCAGUAUGUUCUCUACAUGGUCAGCUACAGAGGCUACCGCACCUGCGACCCACAGAUGGGCUUCAAGCGCUGGGAGUGCAACCGGCCACACGCCCCCCACGCACCCAUUAAAUUCUCUGAGAAAUUCCAACGUUACAGCGCCUUCUCACUAGGCUAUGAGUUCAACGUGGGACAUGAGUACUAUUAUAUAUCUACACCGAUCCAUCAUCACGGACACAGCUGUUUAAGACUGCGGGUGUAUGUCUGCUGUUCUACAGUCUCGAAUUCAGAUGACGACUCGAGUCCACCUGACUACACUGUCAGACCCAAACUGCAUGACAUCGACGAGUUUAACCCUGAGAUCCCCAAACUGGAGAAGAGUGUAAGCGGCAGCAGUCCGUCCGGAGACCGACUGUUAAUCACUGUGGCGACGCUCCUCCUCGCUGCUCUCCUCGUGUCCUAGCAAUCAUCUUUCUGUCCUAUCUGAGCAAACCCGAGCGCUCCGAAAAACAAAACAAAACAUCGCCUUUCCUUCAACCUGUGCGGAGGGAUUACCCAAUCAGAAUCCAUUCACCCCUAGUCGAGCCCUGAACACGGGAGCUAAACGUAGAUCUACCGCACCCAAAUAGUGGCCUUUGUCUCCACAAUUUUGGACCUUAGGAAUAAGGAGCGUCGAUUUCAGAAUUUGCCUUUGUGGUGGAACGUCCACUCUUCUCAAACAUACUCGAACAUUUCAACAGAGGAAAAAACCAAUGUGGUUAGACAGUGAGGUCUCUCUACCUCGAGCUGCACCGUUCUCAUCUCUAAUGAACCAGACUGAGGCAUUUUGAGAUUGACGUGCGCUCCAAUGGAGAUGACGAACAUCACAGUGGUCCGUUGGAUUUCAGCUGAGAGACUCAAGGAGCUCUGGAGACCUUUGAUCCUGUCUUAACUUUCUGUCACAAUCCAUACCUUUGUGACUGCAAUAUGUGUUGGUAAUUGACAGCGCUGCAGCGGAGAUCAAUAAAACUCAUUCGCCAGUCA